AGGCCCUUCCGAAGCGUCCAUGUCUAUUGUUCGGGCACGUCCUCAUUCAAUCUGAGACGCGCUCAAAGUCGUAUAUAAAGGAUAUUCCGAGGAUCCAGAUGAACCACCCUGUUCUCCUUCCGCGCACCCUGUCUCUGAAGUCUAUACCCGCCGUUGACCGGCUCUUCUAAUCUCGUUCUGCUCUAUUGAAGCUUGGGUUGCUCAUCAAGUCACGACUAGUCUAGCACUCGCAUCCUUCAAUCUGCAUUUCCGCUACAUUACCACUCGUGCAGGAAAACAUGAUGCGCACUACGACUUUUUUCUUUAUUCUCGCCUCCAUGCUAUGGACCGUGGCUCGUGCGACUGAGUUCCAGGUUACCGUCGGUGGACCAGGGGUAUUGCGAUACAACCCGGAGUAUGUGAACGCCACCACUGGGGAUACCAUCGUAUUCUCGUUUAGACAGGAGAACCACACGGUCACGCAGUCCUCCCUUGACAACCCGUGCCAACUUGUUGAUGGCGGCUUUGAUUCUGGCUUUAUACCCGUCGCUGCCAACAACAGUAAUGGUCCUUUCCCGGCUGCUCAGUAUACGGUCACAGACGACAGCCCAGUCUGGAUAUUCUGUCGUCAGGCGAACCAUUGCCAGCAAGGGAUGGUAUUUGCCAUCAAUCCCGGCGAUAAAUUUGCCAGCUUCAAAGCGAAUGCUUUCGGGAAUAACACUGCUAACGCGACGACAUCUGCCACUGCUUCGUCCGCGGGUGCAACUUCUGGCACCACAACCGAUUCUGCGACUUCGGGUGCAGUGUCGUCGUCAGUCGUCGCCUCGACUUCAGCGUCGAUUUCUGCCACUGCAACAGACGCAGCCAUCGUCAACGUCACGACGACUGUUACAGUCUCGCAGACGGCACAGCCCUCAUCCUCUGCGUCUUCGACGAGCUCCGCUGCAGGAUCGACGAGCACAUACGCGGAGCAUAUUGUCAUCGUGGGCGCUGACGGAAAGCUGGCGUACGAACCUUCGAACAUCACUGCGGCUGUUGGAGACAUCAUUACAUUCCUGUUUAUGCACGCGAAUCAUACGGCCACGCAGAGCAGCUUCUCGGAUCCUUGCACGAGCUUGACGGAGACGAGUACGUCAGGACAGAUUGGAUUCGACUCCGGUUUUAUGCCGGUUGCCAACGGUACCUCCGAUUACCCUACGUACACUGUGGAGGUGAACAACACGGACCCAAUGUGGGUAUACUGUAAGCAGACGAACCCGCAAGACCACUGCGCGGCGGGUAUGGUCUUCUCCCUGAACGCCGUCGCAUCCGGCCUGGAGGACUACUCAGCUUUCGUCGAUGCUGCGAAGCAGAGCAAUGCCACGUCGGCGACGUCGCAUUCCGGCAGCAGCCGCUCUAUCACGUCCGCUCGCAAUGCUGGCGUUGCGCUCACGCUCCUUGCUGUCAUGAUGGGCCUCGCCUUGUAGACGACCUCAAGGACUCGACUUACGGACUAACGACACUGAAGAACACUGAUGCAAUGGACUGCAUGUAGCGAUAGUCUGUACUUGGGAUGUCUCGUAAUUGGACAUGUAGGCUUUAUGGACCGAUCCAUUAUUAUUAUUAUCGCA